AGGUACCUCACUGUAUCCUGAGCUCUUGCCUGAUCCAGUCUGAUCAUGUACACAGUCCAUCUUCUCUGUCUGGCUGCUCUAUGCACCUCUACACUAAUAACUUGUCAUCCUAUACAAAAGGAAACAAUCCAAACAGAUUUAACAAGAGAAAAACUUAGCAAUAUGGAGGCUAUGAUCAACAGAUACGGAUAUUUUCUGAUGACAAAAUUAAGUAAAACAAUAAGGAAAGCCAUUUAUCAAAAGUCAAAAGGAGCCACUUUACUGAAGAGAAGAAGCAAGGACUGCUUCUCACUACUUCGUAUUAAAAAAAAUAAGAUAAUGUGCUUGGAUACAACUAAAAACGUAGUUGAUGGCAUUAAUAAAGACUGCUUUAAAACAAUUCAUGGAAAAAAUUACCAUCAUACUUUGUGUCCUUGGAGGAGUGAUGCAAUGAUCAAACUUGUUGGCGCUAAAAGCCACACUGAGGCAUAUAGUGCAGAAUUACAUCAUUCUGUGCAAUCAAACCACCAUAAAAGACAUCACAGACGGAGAAGAAGCCAGCAUAUUGACCCAUCUGAUCCUUUGGGAUCCGAGAAUCCGAGGUCAAGGACCGCUAAUUAUCGAAGACCAAAUCGAGAGCAUGAGCGCAGCAGUAAUGUUUCUAAAGAGACCAUCACUUCCUGUGAUGACCCGUUACAUGUACUGCUCUCCAAGAGCCCUGCCAGUCCAAAUUUGCAAAAACAGAAGAAAAACAAGCAAGUUGCACCAUCUGAUCCAUUUUGAACAAAUUACCGACCUCUUGAAAAUAAAUCAAUGAUUUUAUAGCCUAGUACUGAAGAAAACCAUCUGUGAACUAUCCAGGAGGACUUUGUUUUUUGGGAUGAUUCCUGAAACCAAUACACUGAACUAAAUAACUUAUAAUGUAACAUUGAGAAACCAAAUGGUUUCAAGGAACCAUUUAACCAAGAAUUGGAUAUGAUGCAAUCUAGGGACUCAGAUCGUCAGUAGGUGAGGCUAUUUUAGUUCACUGUUUGUCAGUCCUUUCACCUUUUUAAGUCAGUUAAAAUUUAAACUACCUUGCAAUGAUGUGGCAUUGACAUUGUUUUCAACUGUGCAAGGAUCUUUUCCAUUGACUAAUGUAUGUAACAUCGUGAAAUACUAAGUCAGUAGACCUAAAUGUCAUCAUUUCAAACAUGUAUGAGAUGGUGCUGGCCACCUCUACUGAAUUAUUUAUUAAAAAGUACUGAUACAUUUU